AAGGAGGCUUGUUUUUGAAAAUAUUGGCGCGUUUCGUGCUAGCUGUGACCGGCUACCUAGCUAAAGCUGUGUCUCCGUCCCGAGAGAGUCUGUUUACCAAUACGAGCUACUCGCGUGACACCGUGACACCGUGGUUGUGUGCAAUGAAAGAGACUCUUAUCCGACUAAAGGCAAGACGUGACCACGCGCAGGGGACUCGACUGUGAAAGAACACGACGCAAAGUCACCGUUGGAGCAACACUUCAGUCACUGCAGAAGGACCAAAAUGGCAAGUGACGUGUGCAGCCAUGUGAAGGUGGUAGUUCGAGUGAGGCCAACUAGCGAGACUGAGAAGCGUGAAAACUGUCGAAAUGUGGUCCAGGUUGUUGACAACCACAUGCUCAUAUUUGACCCCAAGGAACAGGACACAUCAUGUUUUGGGUCACGAAGUGUACGAAACAGAAAUAUCAACAGGAAGGCUAACAAAGACCUUAAGUUUGUUUUUGACCAUGUCUUCGGUGAGAAUUCUACCCAAGAUGACAUCUUUGAGAGCACCACUAAAGGAGUGUUGGACGGUGUGAUGAAUGGAUUUAACUGCACAGUGUUUGCCUACGGUGCUACUGGAGCAGGCAAGACGCAUACUAUGUUAGGUGCGCAAAAUGAGCCUGGGGUCAUGUACCGCACCAUGACAGAGCUGUUCAAACGCAUGGAUGAUGCCAAGGAGGAGAAAGAGUUUGCUGUUGCAUUCUCAUAUCUUGAGGUGUACAAUGAAACGAUCAGAGACUUGUUGGCUAAUGUCGGCCCUCUUGCAGUCAGAGAGGACAGCUCUAAAGGAGUGGUUGUUCAGGGCCUCACACUUCAUCAGCCUAAAUCUGCAGAGCACAUUCUUGAGGCUUUGGAUUCUGGCAAUCGCAACAGGACACAGCACCCCACUGACAUGAAUGCCACCUCUUCCCGGUCCCAUGCUGUAUUUCAGAUAUAUUUAAGACAGCAGGACAAAACGGCCAGCCUCAAUCCUAAUGUCUGUGUAGCCAAAAUGAGCCUGAUUGAUCUGGCGGGCUCAGAGAGAGCCAGCGCCACCAACACCAAAGGGGCACGACUGCGGGAAGGUGCUAACAUCAAUCGCUCACUUCUUGCCCUGGGAAAUGUAAUCAAUGCACUUGCUGACCCGAAGAGUAAGAAAACUCAUAUACCGUACAGGGACAGCAAGCUGACGCGGCUACUUAAAGACUCCUUGGGGGGCAACUGCAGAACGGUUAUGAUUGCCAACGUUAGCCCCUCUUCCAAGUCGUACGAUGACACCCACAACACACUUAAAUAUGCCAACAGGGCCAAGGAGAUUAAGUCCUCGCUGAAAAGUAAUGUUGUAAGCCUGGACAGCCACAUUGGCCAGUACGCAGUGAUAUGUGAGAAGCAGCGGCAAGAGAUUCUACUGUUGAAGAAAAAAAUGAAUGAAUAUGAGAACAACAUGGUGCAUGGGGCUUCUAACACGAUCUCAUCUCAGAAACAAGCAGAGUUCAAAAGGGUGUCAGAAGCUCUGCAGCGAAUCUUCUCGGGCCGGGCCCAAAUCAGGAAAGAACAGCUGGAUCUGGAGAGACAACUGAAGGAGAAUGAGCUGCGCCAGCGGUACACUGAGGAGGACAACCUGCAGGUCCAAUAUUUCUGUGCCAAGGAAAAGACUGAGAAGGUAACUUGUAAGCACGAGCGGAAGAUUGCCAGCUUACGCACUCAGCAGCAACACAUUCGCAAACGUUUGAAUGAGACAGAAUCACGCUUCCUGGACAAUGACGGCUGGCUUCAUCGUGUCGAGAAUGAGAUUAAGCUGCUGAAGUCGAAUGAUCAGACCUCAGAGGUUUUAGAUAAGAGCCUACAUUGCCACAGACUGGAGCUGCAGGUUAAUGACCUCAAACAACACAUCAAGCAGAUGGUUGAGCUCACUGCACUGCAGGAUCAAGAGAACAAGCGUAUGCAGAAAAUGGUGAACAUCUUGUUGCCAGCUUACAGUCGGCACUACUCUGAGUUGCGGGGGGCUGGGCAGGUCACAGCCGCUGACGAGAUGGAGAACCAUGAACUAGAGCACCUUGUGUUGAGGGAGAGAGGCGUGGUCUGGGCUGACCAGGAAGCAGUGGGGCAGCAGCUGAAAGGUGGGGGGAUUGGAGAGGGGUCGCGGGAGGCAAAUGAUUUGGACCGCAGCGAGUUGGCACCUGUCCUGUCUUUCUCACAUCUGUUAUACCACCAGAACAGCCCCUGCAGUGCAGAGGGCCGAACGAAAAGAACAUCACUGUGCAACGCUGCUCCAUCACUGAAAGGUGAAGGAAAACAGACAGAUAUGAAACUGGAACCAAGUCUUAGAAUGCCAAUCAGAAGAAAUUUGUCUGCGUCACUGCCACCGCAAAGCCCCCCGACCGUUGCCAAGGCCCAAGUGUUUGAGGAGGGUAUGUUCCCACUCCAGUGCACACCAGAACCUUCACAAAAAACAGUUUUGUCCGUGCCACAGAGCUCCCACAGCGCCAUGGAUCCCAACAUGACAUUUGAAGUUCUGGAAAACGAUGAACAAACUGCAAGCAAUGCAACCAUUAUAAUAAGCAGUGGAAGUCCCUGUCGAGCAUCAACGUCAACGGACUUAUCGGUUCCCGGCCGACUACUCCAUCCUCCCAAGGCCAUUGAGGGGAACCAGGUUCCUACUAAAAAACAACAGACCUCGUCUUUACAAGACGUGAGACGAGCCAACCGGACCUACAUGGACAUGACGUCUGCUGCAAAAGGAAAGCGUAAAGUUAACUGCAUCCAAGAAGAGUUAACACAAAGUGUCUCUGCACCAAAGCGCAUAAAGAAAGACCCCUCAGUGCCGUGCAGACCACUCAGAGUGCAUCGUUUUGCUGGUUCAGAGGAGAACAAGCCUCGACGAGUUGUGAGGAGCGUUUCUGAAGGGAAUCUACUUGAACCUCAGAAAUCCAGGUCCUUUUUUUACAAAACAUCCCAGCAGUUAAAACGAGUGACCAAACGCAUGUAAAGCAACAUUGUGUUUGAACACCAUUUAGCCUUCAUGGACAUUUUUAUCUCUCAUCCCUCUUCCAAUGGUAUUCAUCUUUUCAAAAAUAUUUUCUCAAAACCUAAAAUAAAAUGUUCCAUUGUAGAUUUCUCCAACAGAAGUGAAAUUGUAAUAUGACGAAAUGUACUAAAAGUUGCACUAUUUAGUUUUUGUCUUCGAUUUAGCCUCACACUGCAGUGUAAUUUUACUUGACUUGUAUAUAAACAUUGUAUAGGACAUCUGUAUAAAUUAUAGUUUAAGGAAUUGUUUUUUUUAAUUUCCAAGCCUGCCUUUUUUAUUUUGAACAUAUAUAAUAAAUCACUCAUAUUAACUAAAAGCAAGAAUGAAAACUUGUCCUGUGGAAGUUCUGUGUCUUACACACGUUAUGUGUUUUGAACUAUUCUCUAAAAAACAAUUGGUUAUUACCUCAAAUGCACGUAUGGCUUCAAAAAAAAAUGAAACUUCUCUACACCGAGCUGUUUGUAUUUUUUAUCCUUUUUUUUUUUUUUUUUUUUUAAUCCUGUACAGGUACUAACUUGGGGUUAUAGAUAUUUCAUAAUUAAAGUGCUUGUAACAGAAUCUUUGGCUGUUU